AUGAGGGAAAAGGGCCGUAGGAAGAAGGGCAGGACCUGGGCGGAGGCCGCCAAGACGGUCUUAGAAAAAUAUCCCAAUACACCCAUGAGUCAUAAAGAAAUUCUUCAAGUUAUCCAGAGAGAAGGACUAAAGGAAAUCAGUGGGACUUCCCCCCUUGCAUGCCUGAACGCAAUGCUGCACACAAACUCCCGAGGUGAAGAGGGCAUCUUCUAUAAGGUUCCAGGCAGAAUGGGAGUAUAUACUUUGAAGAAAGAUGUGCCGGAUGGGGUGAAAGAGCUAUCAGAAGGUUCAGAAGAAAGCAGUGAUGGUCAGUCAGAUUCCCAGAGUUCUGAGAACAGCAGCAGCAGCAGUGAUGGAAGCAACAAGGAGGGAAAAAAGAACAGGUGGAAAAGGAAAGUAUCAUCUAGACUGUCACAGCCAUCCUCUCCCCAGUCAGGUUGCCCAUCACCCACAAUUCCAGCAGGUAAAGUCAUAUCUCCAUCACAGAAGCACAGCAAGAAGGCACUAAAGCAGGCUCUAAAGCAGCAGCAGCAGCGGAAGCAGCAGCAGCAAUGCCGGCCAAGUAUGGCCCUCUCCUCCAGUCAGCAUCUCUCUCUGAAGGCUGUCAAAGCUGCCAGUGACUCUGUGACUGCCAAAUCUGCAGUUUGGGAAGGAAAGCAAUCUGAUGGACAGUCAAGCAGCUCCCAGAACUCAAACUCUAGCUUUUCUUCAUCAGCUAAAGUGGAAAAUCCUUUGUUAGGGUUGGGGAAGAAGUCAUUCCAAAGGUCUGACAGACUCCACACAAGACAAAUGAAAAGGACUAAAUGUGCUGAAAUUGAUGUUGAGACACCAGACUCCAUUCUGGUUAAUACAAAUCUUCGAGCACUGAUCAACAAGCACACCUUUUCAGUCCUUCCUGGAGAUUGCCAACAGCGACUGCUUUUACUGCUUCCAGAGGUAGAUCGACAGGUUGGUCCAGAUGGUCUGAUGAAGCUAAAUGGUUCAGCCCUUAACAAUGAAUUCUUCACUUCAGCAGCUCAAGGCUGGAAGGAAAGACUCUCAGAAGGUGAGUUUACACCUGAGAUGCAGGUGAGAAUUCGACAAGAAAUUGAGAAGGAGAAAAAAGUAGAGCCAUGGAAAGAGCAAUUCUUUGAAAGCUACUAUGGUCAGAGUUCCGGCCUGAGCCUUGAGGAUUCAAAGAAAUUGACAGCUUCACCCAGCGAUCCUAAAGUAAAGAAACCCUCGGCUGAGCUACCAAAAUCCAUGCUUCCUUCAGAGGUCCCUCCUGUCAGUAUAAUCCCUGUAAUUCCCCAGGCAGAAUCUAAAGAAGAAGAAGUGCAUAUGCCAUCCCCAGUCAGAAAAGAAGAGCACGAAAGCCAAGAUAAGGUGCAGCCAAACCCUGAAUCCGCAGAGCCCCUUCUUUCCUCUCCCAGCGAUACAAAUGAGCAUAGCAGCAUUCUCCCCAUCAAGUGCCCAAAGGGUGAGGAUGUCUUGGGGCAGAAGCCAGUUGCCUCUGCUGAACAGGAAUCUGAGAAAGAGAAUCAUCUCACUACAGCUUCUAAUUAUAACAAAAAUGAAAGCCAAGAAGCUUCAGUUAAGUCUCCAAGCAAACCCGAGAGUCCUGGAGUAGAGAAACCGAUAAUGAAGCCCAUCACAGAAGCAGGUCCGCAGGAGGCCACUAUGAAAGAGCCUUCACCAGCUCUGGUUGAACACAGCCCAGAAAGCCUCAAGAGGAAAUCUCUCACCCAAGAAGAGGCCCCUACAAGCGGGGAGAAGAGGCCGCGCGUCACUGAGAAUCGCCAGCACCAGCAGCCAUUUCAGGUCUCCCCACAGCCCUUUCUCAGUAGAGGGGACAGGAUCCAAGUGCGGAGAGUACCACCUCUCAAGAUCCCGGUCUCCAGAAUCUCCCCCAUGCUGUUUCCUACAUCGCAGGUCUCUCCCAGGGCUCGUUUUCCAAUCUCCAUCACUAGUCCUAACAGAACAGGAGCCAGAACUCUCGCCGACAUCAAAGCAAAAGCCCAGCUGGUCAAAGCACAGAGGGCAGCAGCUGCCGCCGCCGCCGCAGCUGCCGCCGCCGCCUCAGUUGGAGGGACCAUUCCAGGACCUGGCCCAGGGGGUGGACAAGGUCCAGGAGAGGGUGGUGAAAGGAAAACCGCUAGAGGAGGGAAUCCAGACUCAGACAGAGUCAGAGAAACUGGAAAGGGCCCCACACUGGAACUGGCAGGAACUGGAAGCAGGGGAGGUCCGAGAGAGCUUUUACCCUGUGGUUCAGAGACUCAGCCCCAAUCUGAGACCAAGUCCCCAAGCCAGCCACAGCCUCUUAGUGUCUCUGGAGCACAACUACAGCAAACCCCCUCAGUGCCUCCAACAUCUGCCAUCAGUGGAGCAUGCACAAGUGUCCCAUCACUAGCUCACACUAACCCACCCCCACCAACUGUAGGGAAAUUGAAUAUUGAGAAACUGAAUGCCACCAGGGCAGCAGCCACAGUGGCCUCUCUUAGCCACCCACAAGGGCCCAGUCAUUGCAGGGAGAAGUUACCUUCUGCUCCAGCAGGUCCUGCUCUAAUCUCAGGUGCUACACCUGUUCACUUUGCAGCUGAUGGCACAGUUGAGCCCAAAGCAGGUUGUAGUAAGAAUACACCUAACACUUCAGCCUCAGCAGAGACUACUGCCAGGGCUUCAGUGGAUAUGACUUCCUCCCCUUUAACAUCUUUAUUGAUAGCAGCCACUUUAGAAAAGCUUUCCAUACCCCAGGUCAGUGGAACUGUAGCACCUCCCGGACCAGUUCCAUCCUCAAGCACUUUGCCAGCAAUUUCUAGCCUUAAAACUCCAGGAACUUCUUCAAAUAUGAAUGGACCCAUUUCACGGCCAAGCUCAAGUAUCCCUGCUAAUAAUCCUCUGGUCACUCAGCUGCUCCAGGGCAAAGAUGUUCCCAUGGAGCAAAUUCUGCCUAAACCACUCACCAAAGUUGAGAUGAAAACUGUUCCACUGACUGCAAAAGAGGAAAUGGGGAUAGGAGCGCCCACAGGCACCAGCAAAACAGAAAGUAGCACCGGAGAGGAAGUUCAUGAGAGGCCUUCUCACCCAGCUAUACAGCAGCUGGGUAAAACCUUGCAAAGUAAGCAUCUCUCCCAGGUUCCCAGACCCCUUCAGCUCUUUUCAGGUAAGGAUCUGAGGGACCCCAGCAUUGAUACACACCAAGAAGGAAUAAGUAAAACAGCUCAAGAUCAGAUCCUUCAGACUCUCAUCCAGAGGGUUCAGAUCCAGAGGCAUAAUCUUCUCUCAUUUGUGCAGCCCUCCCAGUUCAACUUCAGUCACUCAGGUUUCCCGUUAGAAGACAUUUCCACGAGCCAGCGCUUCAUGCUGGGCUUUGCUGGCAGAAGGACUUCGAAGCCUGCAAUGGCAGGUCACUACUUACUUAACAUUUCCACCUACGGCCGGGGUUCGGAGAGCGUUAGGAGGACCCAUUCUGUAAACCCGGAAGAUCGUUUUUGUCUUAGUAGCCCCACCGAAGCCUUGAAAAUGGGAUAUGCAGACUGUAAAAAUGAAACGGGAGAUAAUAGCAGCGACAAAGAAGAUAGUGAUGAGGAAAGUACUGCUGAUGAAGAAGAAUCGGCCAUGGUGAAGGAGGAGCACCCAGCUUCCCAGAGCUCUGGCAAGUGUGAAGCAAGUUCAGGACCCCACAGUAGAGAAACCCUACCCACUGAUUGUUUAGCUAAACAGAAUGUGAAGGUAGAGACACCAGUGCAAACUGCUUUAAACAAGGAGAAUUAUCUGUUCACUAGAGGCCAAACAUUUGAUGAAAAGACCCUAGCCAGAGAUCUAAUUCAGGCAGCACAGCAGCAGAUGGCUCAUGCAGCGAGAGGUAAGGCAAUGCAUAGCAGCCCCGAGGUUUUCAGUGCCACUGCUCUUCCUCCACCUGCAGACAGUCCCACUCAUCAGCCUCUCCUCCUCCCACCACUGCAAACCCCAAAGCUGUAUGGGAGCCCCACACAGAUUGGGCCCAGCUACCGAGGCAUGAUCAACGUCUCCACCUCGUCUGACAUGGACCAUAACUCUGUUGUUCCGGGGAUGCCUGACUGUGGCCAGGUAUCUAGCAACGUAGGUGAUGUCAUGUCCUUUUCAGUGACUGUCACCACCAUCCCUGCUAGCCAAGCUAUGAAUCCCAGCAGCCAUGGCCAGACCAUUCCUGUUCAGGCAUUUCCCGAAGAGAACAGCAUAGAGGACACGCCUUCAAAGUGUUACUGCCGAUUGAAAGCCAUGAUCAUGUGCAAGGGGUGCGGAGCCUUCUGCCAUGAUGACUGCAUUGGCCCCUCCAAACUGUGUGUGUCCUGCCUUGUUGUUCGGUAA